AUGUCGGAAAGUUCCCUCAAACUAUCCAUAAAUUUGAAUAAAGGAACUUCUUCGACGUCGGAGUUUCAUAAUUCCAAUGAUAGGGGUCCCAAACAGGAUGAAACUGAGGCUUCAACUUCACGCACAAAGUGCAAUACAGAGGAAUUUUCUAACAAUAAUGAAAAACUCGACAUUUUUCCUAAAGAAGAAAAGUCAAAAGACCUGAUAUCUGUUAAUGUGCCAACUGUAAAAAAUGCUAGGAAACGUAAGCAGGUUAUAACUGAUUUCAAUAGCCCGAGCUUGCUCAAUUCUUCCACAAUAUCUGCUCAGCAAAAAGAAAAAGAACGUCUUGAACGAUUACGGGUGAAAGACAAUGAAAACGAUCAUUUGGAGCAGUUCUCAGCACUACAAUCGUACACAUAUAAUCCUUUACCUGUACUAGAUGCUGAUGAUAUUGACGAGAUUACGGGAUUUGGAGAAAAAUAUAAUGGUCAAAAUAACUUGCCGUCUACCUCAAAAAAUCCAGAGAUUAUAAAUCUUUCGAGUGAUGAUGAAGAUGAAAUACAAGAACUGGGUUGUUAUCAUCGGGUUAUAGAUCCUAGACCUAUAGCUAAACGACAAAGAUGGUUCAUUUCGGACAAAGAACGGGCUGUUCGGGAGAGCAUGGAUAUUCAACACCGUAUUGAACAACAGCGUUUGAAGAAAAGACAACAUGCGGGUGACAUAGAACAGUUCGAUUUCAAAUCGGGAAAGCUAAUUGUUAAUCGGGGUCAUCCGCCUCAAGAUCCGGAUAUUAGCGUAGCACCACAUUUAACUCAUGUCUUACAACCUCAUCAAUUGGGAGGAAUUCGUUUUAUGUAUGAUAAUAUAAUAGAAUCUUUGGAAGAGUACAGAAACAGUCCGGGUUUUGGGUGUAUUUUAGCUCAUAGUAUGGGUUUAGGAAAAACGUUACAGGUUAUAACGUUUAUUGAAAUUUUCUUUCGAGCCACCAAUGCUCAUAAGUCACUUGUUAUAGUUCCCGUGAAUACGUUGCACAACUGGGCCAAUGAGUUUGAAAAAUGGCUACCAAAAAAUGAUCCGCUCGGUUCAAAUAACCGCAAAUUUGAUGUUUUCGUUCUCGGGGAUGCGGUCAAAACAUUUGAUGCUAGAGUUAACUUGUUAGAGCAAUGGGGGAAUCAAGGAGGAGUGUUGAUUAUAGGUUAUGAUCUUUUUCGGCUUUUGAUUAAAGCCACUCAGCCUAAAAAACCUUCGAGAAUGAAGAUCAAUUUUUUCAAUGGAAGAAGGGUGCAUAGAGACGAACACGAUGAUGACCAUAAUAAAGGGUAUACUAAUGAUGGAAGAAUACGAUUCGAAGCAAAUCAACUUGUGCGUAGAGUAUUACUUGAUCCCGGACCAGAUUUGGUAGUUUGUGAUGAAGGACAUAAAAUUAAGAAUUUGAACACGGAUAUAGCUACUGCUUUGAAUUCCAUUAAAACCACACGGAGGGUUGUACUUACUGGAUAUCCUCUACAGAACAACCUUAUGGAAUAUUAUUGCAUGGUGGACUUUGUUCGUCCGAAGUAUCUAGGCGAGAGAAAGUCAUUCUCUUUAAUGUUUGAAAGACCGAUCAAAAAUGGACAAUGUGUCGAUUCUACUCCAGGUGAUGUGAAAGUGGCUCUGCAACGAACUCAUGUAUUAGUCGAAAUGUUAAAAGGUUUUGUGCAGAGGAGAACUCACCAUCUACUCAAAACAAUUCUACCAACAAGCAAGGAAUAUGUUUUGUUAUUGAGGAAGAGCCCGCUACAACAUGCUCUGUACAGAACGUUCCUACUCUAUGCGCAAUCUGAAGUACAGAAAGGAAGUAGUGUGUUUAAUCCCCUCAAAGCAUUUUCAGCGUGCUCCAAGAUAUGGAACCAUCCUGAUGUUAUGGCCGUUUCGUUGAAAAGAAAAAAUGCGGAGAAGCAGAAAAAUAAUGAGAAAAAGCAACAAAACGAACCAAAUUUGAUGGAUGCGCUGAACUCAUCCGUUUUCGAUAAUUCGAAGCCUGUCACUCAACAGUCAUUGUGGGAAGGAAUCUCAUAUUCUAACGAUUUAGAUAUCACAGAAAGUGAAUCAGUUGACAGAUCACGCAGAAAGCCAAAGAAGAAUUUAGCAGCUUUAUUAAUGGACGAAAUAGAUAUGGAUGACCAGGGUUUGAAGUAUGACUGGGCCGAAGUCAUCAUGCAACAUCAUAGAGUAGGAAACAUAGAGCAUGGGUACAAAAUGAAGAUUGCACUAGAUAUCAUUGAUGAGACAACACGGCUUGGUGAAAAAAUUCUUCUCUUCAGUCAAAAUUUAACUGCUCUCGACUUGAUAGAACAGUACUUGUUCAAUAGAUUUGUAGUUAAUCCUGAUGCUCGUAUGGAAGAAUUCUGGGUUAAAAACAAAAACUACUUCCGUUUGGAUGGAUCUACGAACGCAACAGAACGAGAGCGAUUGGUUAAUAAAUUCAAUGGUGAUCCGACUGUUCGUUUAUUUUUGAUAUCCACUCGCGCUGGUUCUCUAGGUAUUAAUUUGGUUUCCGCGAAUAGGUGUAUAAUAUUAGACGCUUGUUGGAAUCCGUGUCAUGAUGCUCAAGCAGUUUGCCGAGUUUAUAGAUAUGGGCAACAAAGAGCUACAUAUAUUUACCGAUUGGUCAUGGAUAACUCCAUGGAACGAGCAAUUUUCAAUCGUCAAGUUAGUAAACAUGGACUGCAACAGCGCGUUGUGGAUGAUGCUAAGGUUGAAGCCAAUGUUACGCAGAAAGAAUUAGAAACACUUCUUAUGUAUGACGAAGCGAAGGACGUGAUUACAAAUGAAUGGGAUACUUCUUGCUGGAACAUAGAAGAUAAAGUUCUAGCGACAGUUGUGAAGAGAAACAGUCGUAUGUUAUCUCAGGAACCAUUUCUACACGAAUCUCUGAUCCUGGAAAAAGAAGAAGGGUUAAGCGAACAAGAAAAAAGGGAAGCCCAGCUACUCUAUGAGAAAGAAAGGGCCGCAGAGGUUGCAUUACCGUUAGAAAUCACAGAGAGGUUGGAACCUAACUCACGUCCAAUGAGAGAUAAUUAUUUACCACCGUACGGCAGAAUGAUGUCUGAGAAUUUCUAUAAUAACGCAAUGAAAGCCACUCCUUUCCCUAACUCGAUUGAAGCUAUAAAUAACAAAAUGCCUAAUGGUGUUUCUGGUGGAGGAGUGACGAUGGCUGGUGCCAUGAAAGACAUAUCUCAUCAUCCUCAUAUGCGUAAUCCAAUGCACCAAAACUAUUACAUGCCCCCGCAACGAAGUAAUCAGGAAUAUCAAGAUCCACCUAGGUUUAUACAACAUGUUUCUAACUGGAUUCCGGGUCUUUCAUUUCCUGGCGCUCAACAUGCAUCAGAAAUCAUUUCUAGCAGAUCUGGAAAAAUGCAGCGUAUAAUUCUGGAUCGAGAUAUACAAUUGCCGCUUGUGGAGAAUAAUUCUCAAAUGCGUUGCUUGCCUAAAGGAUCUGAAGCUGUAUUAGUAAGGUCUGGAGAAGGACUUUACUUGAAAGCACCGAAUGCUGAAAUAUUGAAUGCGGAAGGGUCUAUUUUUGCUACAGGUAUGGUUACUGCUCCCGAAUAUUUUGAUCCGGCAGAUUUCCGCUUACCAGCUCCGUUAGUUACACGAGGAACACCUGAGGUGAUAGAUCUUGACUGA